GGGCCCCAGAAUGCAACAAUAAUCUUCUUGCCUUACCCGAUGGGCAGUCUGGACGCCAGUCUCACAUUCAUCGACCUGUGCGAGGCUUCAUUCCUACAUCGCCUCAGGACCAUCUUCCGUUGCAUCGGGUGCAGUGUAUGAGCGCGGCGUUCAAAUUCCAGCAGACGUUCCGGAAGGACCCCUACUGAUCACGGCGCUCAAAAUAGGCAGACAAAGGCGUAGAUCCUGGGAGCAACGAAGCAAGGGACCGCACUGUAGCUAAUCCUUGCUCCUAGCUACAAUCAGGAGUACGUCUUUGUCCAGUCAUUGGUGUCUUUGUUUCGAGAUGUCCGGAUCGCCUCGCCAGAAACAGCGUGCACGGAGAACAAUCCAGAUCGGGUUGGUAGAGGUCGUGAAGGGAAGGCAGCUCAAGCACACGGAAGUUCCAGGCCGUCGUCGAGUGAAUACUGAGCUUUGCACUCCAGCAUCGUGUCGACCCUGACUACAUCGUUGACAUAAUUCGGUGCAGUCUAUGGUCUGCAGAAGGCGUAUGAUAUGCAUUCCAAGCUUUGGUUGAAACUGGACUCUGUACCGUCAGGCUAUGCGCCGAUGAGCACCGAUGCUUCCGCGGCUGGGCUCUCGAUUGCUCGCUCCUUGUCUUGUCGACUCGGUUGCCGAUCGCGGUUAGUACGAAAGGGCUGGCUGAAAUCAUUCGCACUAGGCCGUUGAAGGAACAAUUAUGGUCUCUCUUUUGUCGCUCGUCU